AGUUUGAUUUAGUUCGAUUUGUGAACCGGUGUCAUGACAAAUCGAGUUCCCCCGGCUCUCCCGGUUACUUCCUGAGAACCGGCUCAAAAGAACGAAUCGUUCAAGAACCGAACGUCACUAAAUGACCCGCCUUUCUACGCAAUAAAAUGAAAACGAAACUUAAUGCCACUGAAAAAAAAAACAUUGCAAUGAAAACGUGAAUCGUCGUUGAAUGUCAUCAAGCAGAGCUCAAUAUGGGAUCGGAUCCAUUUCAAUUUCAGAAUAAAAUUAUUUGUGCACUUUGCGAGAAAUCAGACGAAACUGAAAUCACGGGGCCUCUCUCUUCGAAAGGCAACAUCUCCGCACAUCAAAACUGUUUGUUGUUUGCAUCAGGGAUCUACUGCAAGAAUUCGCCCACCUACGACGACCUGUUUGGUUUUGAUGUAGAUGAUGUAAAGAAAGAGCUGAAGAGAGGAAAAAGACUACUUUGCCACCACUGUAAACAAAAUGGUGCAACAGCAGGAUGUGAUGUAAAACGUUGUAAGCGAUCGUACCAUUAUCCCUGUGCCAUAGAGGAUCGUGGCAGAGCCCUUGAAGACAGUACUAAAGGCAGUUAUAAAGUGUUCUGUGAAUUACAUGAUCCAGAAUCCAAAAAAAUAAAUGAUGAAAUUGAAUCUAUGUAUGCUCCAGUACAGUCAGAUAUAGAGGACUGUACACCUCCAAAUCAGAACAAUUGGUCCACUCCUGUGCCUAAAAAAACAAGGCUGUGUAAAAAACUCAAUCCAUCAACCACAGAAGCUGACGAUGACACCGACAUUGAUUCAGAAGAGUCUCAGAGUUUGUUACCAUCAAAACCGUACUGUAUCACUAUUCCCUGUAGCGUUAUUUUGGACUCUGGACCCUCAGCAGAAUCAGAGCACAGUCUAGAACCUUCUUCACCUGUCGGUGCAGCCCCAGCGGCUGUGUCUACCUCAUCUGGGUCUGUCACUGCCCCUGAACAUAAGGAAACGCCAUCCACAAACAGAACUUCUCCAUCGCCCACAGCUCCAAGUACUGAGCCUGUCUCACCAGGUCAGGCUGGGUCACCUCAGCAUUCAAGCCCCACUGUAGACGUUCCAGAACUGCUAAUAUCCUCAGUACAAACAAUCUCAGCAUCUCGCUUCAAAUCUGAGCAGCUACCAGUAACUCCUCCGGCGGGGGUUUCUUCAUCACCUGGUCGUCCCACUGCAGCAGAUGCUUCUGGUGUGGGUACCACAGUGAGUUCCAAGUCCAGUGCCACCAUAUUUUGGACCAGAUGUAAUGAGGCCGGGUGGACUAAAGAAAUCUUCUCAGAGCUUGUGUCUCAGCUGAGCAGUCUAGGAGAAAGAGUGCAGUCACAGAAAGCCAGCCACCAAGACUAUGAUGUUGCUCUCAAAGUAUUGGGGGCAUCUGGACGGCUGCCUUGCAUUAUUACUCAGCUGCAACAAGACCUGGAGAAACAGGAACAGGAUUUGCAGAAGAAAAAAGCAGCGCUGAGGGAUGCCAAAGCUGUACUAGAUGUUUAAUAUUAACAAUCUAACAGAAUUUAUAUGUUUUAUUAUUUUUAGCAAUGAUUCUUUUUUUAAACGUUUAUUUUUUUUAAGUCCAGAACAUUUCUGCAGUUUGCAUAUGUUUUUUUAAUGGAGGUUUACAGUAUGUCGGUGACAGAAAUAUCAUGAAAUAUGUCUGCAUAUGCCAUUUUGAUAUGAUCAUUCUUCUGUUCUCAGUUUCUAAAUAAAACGGU